UCAGUACGAAACAAUGCUUCCAACCGGCCUUGAACGGACCGUUCUUUCGGUGAUGGUUAUUGUGCUUGUUAAGGUGUUUGCUAUCGUGGACUUUCACAUCGACGAUGAUCCUAAAUCAGACGCACAAGUAUGCUGCAUGGUAGAGCACACAUUUCCCCAGGAACCGUACCGGGCGUGCCACGAACAGCACGCCACCGCGCAGAUGGACAAUGGAACCGUUAUGUGCAUUCACCAGUGCUACUACAAAGCGAUCGGUAUGUUUGCCGCCGAUGGCAAAGUGAACACCGACGCGUACAUCAAGUACCGGGACGAGCUGGAUCCAACGCUUCGAGAUGCGUUUACCUACUCCAUGGUGGUGUGUGCUAAAGUCAUCGCAAAGCGUAUGAACAACAAUAUCGCAGAAGUCAACAAAAUGCGCUGCAGCCCGCUGCCCUACCUGUUCAACCGUUGCCUGAUGGAGGUUGGCAUCGGCAACUGUCCGCCGGAGCGGUGGAUGAAUUCUUCCCUGUGCGAUAACAUUCUGGGAGUAAUUGUGAAAAUGUAUGGACCGGGCGUAAUCUACAAACCGGGUGAGUGAAAAAAUGGUAACGAAAAAGGGCAAACAGAUGGUACACAGACACAGACAAAAAACCGGGUCAAAGCCAAACGUGGCACGUGAAAGGGUUAACAGACUGUUUGAAUUAUGUUUGGCGAGGAAAAACACAUCCAAUCACCUGCAUUGUGUUAAGCUUAAAAGUGGAACUGGAGCAAUAAACAUGUCUGCGUAGUUCUAUUA